GCAUGCGACACGCGCACUCGCGUGGCCUUCGCGAAGGUGUCGCUGCCAAGAAACGUGUCCUGCGCGCUACGCCGUCUGUUUCUAGGGCAACGCCGGCGUCUCUUAGCAACCGCGCGCGGCCUAGGUGGGUCCCCCCGGAACCCCCAGACCUGCCAUGGCGACCGCGAGUCCUAGCGUCUUUCUACUCAUGGUCAACGGGCAGGUGGAGAGCGCCCAGUUUCCAGAGUAUGAUGACCUCUACUGCAAGUACUGCUUUGUGUACGGCCAGGACUGGGCCCCCACAGCGGGUCUGGAGGAGGGGAUCUCACAGAUCACAUCCAAGAGCCAAGAUGUGCGGCAAGCACUGGUGUGGAACUUCCCCAUUGAUGUCACCUUUAAAAGCACCAACCCCUACGGCUGGCCACAGAUCGUGCUCAGCGUGUAUGGACCAGAUGUGUUCGGGAACGAUGUGGUUCGAGGCUAUGGGGCCGUGCACGUGCCCUUCUCACCUGGCCGGCACAAAAGGACCAUCCCCAUGUUUGUCCCGGAAUCUACGUCUAAACUGCAGAAGUUUACAAGCCACCUUCAGGACUGUCUGUCAAAGACAGCAGUGUUUCAAGAUGAAAGCGGCUUGAGUCCCUGAGUCACUGACUUCUGUGAGAAACUUCUGCGGGAAGCCGCUGAGACCUGGAGAUGUGUUACUGCAGCGUAACCAAGAGCAUCCCACACACCCUUCUUUCUCUCCUGUCCCCUGCACUGAACGGGCACCCCCUGCCACCAGUCCCUAGCCUCCUAGCUGUGAAUCAAGCUUGUCUGCUUAUCCUUGGGUGGACACCGGGAGCCAGGCACUUGCACAGAGAGCAGAGGGCUGCAGGGCAGUCCCAGGCCUCCCUCCAGGCUCGUCUCAAGGCCUCUCCAACCCUUCCCAUCAGCGUCUCCCAGCCGCCUCUGCCUCGGCCUUGCCUCCUCCCGUGACCAGAGCACCUCUUCCACCUCUGCUGCCUGGAGAUGCACGUGUCCUCCCGCCGCUGCCCUCGUCUGGUUGGUGGCUCUGAGGCACAGGCCCUCUGUCGGUCAGCUGUUGCACAGCAAGCCACCUAAGAACCAGUGGCUCCAACAGGCCCUUCCUCUCAGGAACACGCAGUUGGCUGGGCAGCUCCACGCACUCCCUCCCUCUGUUGCCUCAGCUGACAGGCAGUGGCUUCCCAGAGCAGCUCUUCUGCAGCAUGGACACAAGAGGAGGCAGAGCACAGGAAGCCUCUGGGGACCCGGCACACUGUCACUUCCACCUCAUCCAAAGCAGCCUCCACCAGUGACAAGGCCACAUUAAGAGGGCGGACACAGGAAGGGUAAAGGGCAGUGGCUAGCACUUCCCCCAGCACACCCGUGCAGGCCACCAGUCUCAGCACCUCACAAAAGGCAGGCCUCCCACCCCCUUUCCCUGAGGUUCAGGGGCAACCAAAUGCCCAGCUCACACGGGCACUAGGACCAGGCUGGUGGCCUCAAUAACUGCAGACGAAGCUCCACAAGAAUCGGCUCCCUCAUCUCCCACCUCUCCAGUGGCACAGGACUGAUGAAGAUGGGGUGGGAGAAGGACACAGCCAGAAACCGCAUCAUGGUACAAAUGAUAAAUUAUAUUUAUACAGUAAAUAAGUAUCAACAGUCAACACAAGUUCAAAACCAGCCACCGGCCUCUGGGACUGAGAAACAGCUGGGUGACUUCCUCCACCACGGUGCCCAUCAGGAGGGAGCACGAUGGCACAGGUGCAACACGCGUGGCAGUGGCCGGUGGCUUCAUGAUCAGUGCAGUGGGCAACAGGGACAUGCACUCAGGAUGGCCUGUGCCAGAAGAUGGGGCAGGGGGCUGUCUUCUUGGGUCCCGGUGGCCCAGUGGCUGUCAUGUUGGGGCCUCAAAGUCACAUCAUGAAGGACUCGUUACAAAAGAAUCACUGACCCCAAGUAGUCGAGUCUAGUCUACUGACCUGUAAGGCUGGCCCAGGCCCUGCACCGUCUGAAGGAAAGCACCUUUCUGGGCAAGCAUCCUGCCUCCCAUCCCAUUGCACCUCCCCACCCUUCCCCCGGCAGACGAGACCAGCCACCGGCUUACCCAAAUGGCAGCGGGAGCCUAAGGCCCAGCCGCAGGCCUGCAGUUCUGGCAGAAGGUGGCUGGUCAGGAACUCUAGACACGGCUCCUGGGACUGGAGAGGGCGGCCUCAGGAACAGCAUGAGUGGGUGCAGUCCCCACUCAGAGCCUGCAUGUCCCAGCAGCCCAGAGACCAUUUAAGAUCUCUCCUGUGCCGGUGCGAAGGGUAAUCUUCUGGAACCAGAGAGGGGCUGGCAGGUGGUCAGCUGCCCUUAGAGCUAGAGGUGAGAAAUUCCCAUGGUGGAAAAAGGGCCAGAAACAUCCACCAGGCAAGCUGCCCAGACACAGGAUUGGGGGAGUGUCCCUUCCCUGGGUAAAAGCAAGUCUCUUCUGGUCUUUAAUGCACGAUGUAAUACUUUUACAGUGGUGGGUGAGGUGAGGACAGCAGGAGUUUGGAAGAGGGAGGUAAUAUUAGUGCAUGUUUGUUAAAAAUCCCUCCCAGGUGAAUGACUUUUUUCUUCAUCUCCAAAAUACAAGAGAAUUAUUUUUAGGUCUCCAACUUAAAAAUAAUAUCUGGAGUUAGCAGGUAGGUGGAUCAGGGCCAGCCCUGGUCCCUUAGCCCCCCACCCCUGUCUUAGCCUAGGGACUGUUGCCCAGGGACCCGUGGGCACAGAAGCACCCCCCACCCCACGCCCUCGGGACAACUGCCAUUUCCACAUUAUCCCCAUCUUUAGCCUGAGCGUGGAUUAAGACAGAGGAGAUCACAGACACACAAGGUUAAAGAUGUUUCUUCCAUUUCAGAUUUCCAUUGUAAACAGAAGUCCUGUUAAUCCCUGCAUGCCUUUAAUAAAAAAAAGGAAUUAGUUGAUAAAAA